AUGAAACUGGAUUCAAACAACAAGAUAAUAAACAGUGACGGCGGCGCUGACCUAUCCGAAGAGGUCGUAGAUCCGCGCCAGAACGCUGAAGACAUUAUUGAUGAAAUACUGGCAGAGUUUACAGAGUCGCGUUCCCCUGAUACUGCUAGAAACGGAAAUGGUAUACCGGAGAAUCUGUUCAAUAUGAUACAGCCACCUAGGACGCGAACUCCUGCUAAUUCUUUUUCGGAGAACGCUACAAUCGAUGACAUAGACCCUUCAUCGGAUCUCGGCACUUCGAUCAGAAAUAAAUGUCUGGAGCUGGAAGAAAUUCUUCAGAGCUUAAAGUCACGCCUCAAUCAUGUUGUUUUAGAUGAAAACAUUGUUCUCAGUCCAGAAGCUAACUCCAUGGAAGCACAACUCGAGCAUGAUUUAGACACAGACUGCCAGGAAGAUCUUUCAUUGCAAGAGUUUUUGGAAUUACUUCAUUCACAAAAUAAGAUUAGCCCAACAGGUGUACAGUGA